CAUACUUAAGUGUAGGGUAAACCGAAACUUCAAUUUCUGAAAAUGACAAAACGAUUAAAGUAUACGUUAAUGACAUUUUCAGAAAAUACAAAUAUAACUGCUCAUUCUUUACAUGUGGAUAUAUUAUGGAAAGUUUAUAUAAAUCAUGAAUGAGUAUAGUUUGAAAUGUCUGCAAACAUAUACCCUGAUGCGUCCCUUCUAGAGGGGAGGUUGCAAUUUUGGAGGAGGGAAAUUGUACGAUGUCUGGACAAGCCAACAUUUCUAUCACAGCUGGCUGCUAAGGAUGUUUUCAACGAAGAUGAGAAGUCAAGGUUACAUGAGAAAUAUCAUAAUAGUACAACAGCAGAAGCCGCAGAGGCCGUUCUGGACUCCUUUCUUGAAAGUUCUGCUCCAAAUAAGUGGAUAUCCUUCUUAAAUUCACUUGAACAAGAAGAGCUGAUUUACGUCAAGUCAUUGCUGGAAGAAGAUGAUGUCGAUUCGGAAGAGAACAGAUUAAGAGGUCGAAAACUGAUACGACUCUUUGGUCCGGAGCUAGAGAAAACUAUUAAUCCAAUAGACAUAAUAAGCAGCCUUGUUUCGAAGAAGGCUAUAACAGAAUUGGACCGCGAUGAAGUGCUUAAUCUAUGCCAAUCUAAAAGCAGGUUGUAUGGUAUAAUGUGCCUUCUACGCAGAAUGCAGUCUCAAAUACGACCAAGGGAAUGGUAUUACGCGUUCCUUUGCGCGCUUCGGGAUAACGACUACACCUCGGAGUGUGAACUUUUAGAGCCGGAUUUCUUGGAAUGCCCUCAUAUGUUUGAUCCUGAAAAUAUAUGUGGAACACUAACCGAUGGGGUUAAAGAACAGCACACUUUUAAGCAAUGUGGCACGUCCGAAGCGAAAUCACAAUGCAAUCAAUCUUUGGAAGUAAAAGACGAGGCAAAAGUAUUAUCAUAUAGUAGUACGGGCUGCGGGGCAACGCUCAGUGAAAAGGAUUCCAAUUCAGUACAUGAGGUUGAUGCUGUACAUGAGGUUGUUGCUGCCCAUGAGGCUGAUGCUGUACAUGAGGUUGAUGCUGUACAGUCGGACGAAGAUGAAUUUGAUUCUGAUUCAGAAUAUCAAGACGAUUUUCAAAAUCCAGACCUUGGUCUGAGGGAUUACCAGUAUGAACUAGCUGAGAGAGCGAUUCAGGGAGAAAACACCAUCAUAUGUGCUGAGACGGGGACUGGGAAAACUUGGGUUGCAAUGCAUAUCGUGUCAGAGCACCUCAGUAAAGCGACGAAAGGAACCAGGAAAGUUGUAGUUAUGGCUCGGACUGGAAUUUUAAUUCGCCAGCAGUUUGAUAGAUUCAAGAAAUGUUUUCCAAAAUAUAACACCAAGUUUAUAUCUGGAGGAGAAGACGAAUCAGCGAUGCUUCAUGUGUUCGUGGAAGAUGUGGAUAUUCUUUGUUUCACUCCCCAGAUACUAGUUAACAAUUUACAGAACGGGAACAUACCAAGUCUUGCUGUAUUUUCCUUGUUGAUAUUUGACGAAUGUCACCAUACAAAGGGUUCGGGAGCGUAUGGAGAGCUUGCAAGAUGGUACCUUACAGAGAAAUUUGACAGAGUUGCUGGACUUCCACAGAUUGUUGGUCUCACUGCGUCCAUUGGAGUAGGAAAUUCAAAGAAUGAGGAAGAUGCGGUAGAGUAUAUAACCAAAGUUUGUGCAGCACUCGACGUCAAACGGCUCUCAACAGUUGAAAGAUGCAGAACGAGUUUUGAAAAGCACGUGAAUACACCGAAAGAAUACACAAUCAAAAUGACAGUUCGUCCCAACGAUCCAUGCAAAAAUUUGCUGAUUGAAAAUAUGAUAAAAACAGAAGAAAUACUGAUCGACAACUGUGUGUGUGAACCAGGUAUUAUCGAUAUUCUUGAUAAAAAGCCACGGGAAAGGGGAUCUUUGGCAUACUAUGGCUGGACAAUACAAAUAGACAAAAAAGCAAAACAAUGUGAUGACGAUCCCGACAUUCUUCGAGUUAUUACAACGUGUGCAACGUAUUUAAAUGUCUACGGUUCUGCACUUGAGGUGAAUACGCUUUUGCAAACUCGAGAUGUUUUAAAAUACUUAGCAAAUGAGACAAAAGAAGAAGUGGAAAGGAGAUCAAAAUUUACUGACAAAGAAAAGGAACUGUUAGGAAACUUUAAAGAGCUGCAGAAGGACCAAAUAAAUAUAAGCAGAGACGUUGAUGCAGCAAAUCCAAACGUUGGGAUAAUUUGUGACCAGCUUACGAAAAUAUUCAAGGAAAAGGGUCCAGAUUCGAGAGCUAUGGUCUUUGUACAAGCAAGAGCGACAUGCAUAGCUCUUGCAGAUAUUUUGAACAACAGAUUAGCCUAUAAAGCUCGAUGUCUGUAUGGAAAAUUGCACAUUGGGUCAAUGAAAGGUAUGAGUCAAGAAUUCCAGACAGAGGUCUUGCAUAGAUUCAAAGAGGGUCGUUUUAAAAUCAUUGUAUGCACGUCUGUUGCGAUUGAAGGGAUAGACGUUCCAGAUUGCAAUAUUGUUAUCAAUUAUAACUACUCUGGUAACGAAAUCACAAAGAUACAAAUGAGAGGAAGAAGCCGAAGACAUGAUGCUUCGACAUUGACACUUGGAAAUGAAAAGUUAGUUGAAAAAGACAAAGUGAAUGUCUACAAAGCCAACUUGAUAAACAGGGCAAUGGACAUCUUUAAGAAGAUGGACAUCCAUGAAUUGGAACACGAACUAGAUUUUUACCAGAGAGAGGAAGUACGGAAGCAAAUACACAAAACUAAUUUGUUAGGGUCAAUGAGAAACCGUCAGUCCACAGAUGAUAUGGAAGUGCUGUGUGGUAAGUGCACGAAAUACAUUUGUCACACGUCUAGAAUGCGAGCUUUACCUCACAAUCAAUACGUCGUAAUUACGGAAAAGUUUUGUGACCAAAUUGAUAGGAAACCUCACCCAAAACCAACCCAGUAUGCUGGAUUUUUAAAAAAAGAGAAAAUGUCUUGCAAAAGUUGCGGACAAGAGUGGGGUAUGAUUGCUGACAAACUAGGGUUUGAACUGUUUGUCUUGCGACUGGAAAGCGUUCUGUUCCGAGAGGAAUACAGUGGGAAAACAAAUACAUUCCAAAAGUGGGAUCUGGCUCCGAAAAUUACUGAAUGCAAUUUUGAUGAAAUUACGAAGAUGUUGGCAUACCAAACUAGAAUGAAAUGAGUAUGGAACUGAGUUAUCUGUAUCAUGAUCAGAAUACGUAAACAUUAAUGUGAGUUUUCGUACACAUGCACGACCCGUUUAUACGGUGUAUAUUAGUUAUAUAGCUCAUUUAUAUUUGACAUCAAUUGUUGACAAUAGUUCAGCAACGUGAUGUUUGAAACUGGAAUAUUUUUAAGAUUACUCCUUAGAGAAAAUGAUUGUUAUUAGAGGUACACUUUUCUGAAAAUUCAAGUUUAACUAUAAGUUAGUGACGUAUAUAAUAACUAUGCGAGUGCUGUCUAUGGAAAGUCGCAAUUUUCAAAACCUCUUUUUCCCAUGGCUAUAUUCAUUGUUUAUUAACUUUUGUAAACUGACUCUUAUUUUGUCUUUGCACUAUUUUGUUUUGUCAUUUCUUUAAUACCCCAUGAAAAGUGUUUAUUGUGUGACGAACAUUGUUCAUAAUUGUAUUAAUAUUCUUUAUUGUGUUUUGUGCAAUCUUUGUAUUAUCUUAUGGUUGAGAGUGCUUAUUACGUUGGGUAUAUAGGAUAAAUGUUUGUUUCAGUAUAAGAAAGCAAUAUAUUUUACCGAGUAAGCAUCAAAAGCUAUAUGUCAUAUUUACUCUUGUUAUUCUAUUAUUGAAACAUUUAUUUCCUCUGUUUAUUAUAUAGCUUAAAAGAAAUGGAAUUAUAUUUUAUUAUAAUUCUAAGAAAAGCGCCCAAAAUUGAAUGCGAACGUAACUUCAUUUUCAGAAAUGAUGUCGUCGAAAAUGUGGCCAAACCCUGUGUGCGCUGACGUUUGAUUUGAUAAGAAACUAGAAAGUAAAAACUAUCAAACUGUUAUUUUACUGUUUGAACCCGUGAUCAAUCUCUAUAAAUCACCGAAAUUAUUUGUAAUAUUUAUUCUUUCUUAAAUAAUAUGUGCGUUUUAAAUGCUGUUAAAGGUUAUCUCUACUGUGUUAAAUACUGUCGUAUUAUUGUGUUGAAUUUUAGAAUGCUUCUGUCUUACUUCUAAAUUGAAUGACAAGCAAAGGUUUUGAUUAAAAAAAAACAACACACACAUUUUAUUUGAAUACAAUUCACAUAACUACACGGCUAGCAGAACAGCUUUACAGCCAAUUUGUCGAUAGGUAUAAAAUUAUAUAGGGUUAAUACACCUUUUUGAGUUCGUUGCCAUCUGCAACGGCCCGCAAAAUGGUCUUCAGCCCGAGUGCGUAGCACGAGGGUUGUAAACUAUUUUAAGGGAUUUUGUGAAAACAAAUAUUUGAAUUUUCUUUGUUCAUUGCAUACGACGUAAUGGAAUCAUGUCCAUAUAAGUCGUUUGUUCUGAAUAAAGUUCGGAGGAGUUGAACAUUUUAGACUUAAUUUAGUGAUUUUAACUCAAACAAAUAGUCAAAACAACUACAGAAAGUUCUAUCUAGUAAACACCCAUCAGCUUGCCAGGAAAAACAACUCAGAAGAAAAUAUGUAAGUUAGUUAGAUGCGGUUUAUUUUAUUUGUUGAUAUUUGUAUACAGCUAUAUAUGCUGAAAUUUGUUUUUGUGCAGAAGUUGGCAUCGUUGACCCACUUUCGGUCAGAAACCAGGUCGCUCAGCUGCCAUUGAUAUGAUUCGAGCCCUGAAAGCGCUUAUGUAAAACAAAAAGCCGGUCAUUAACGGCACGUGAAUUGACUGAAUAAUGCACGUUUUCUACCGAUAACGCCCGGGUUUUUACGUUUUAACGCACCCGGUAACGGACCGAAAACACACAUUUAAUGCAUUCAAGAUGGUUAUUGGUACAACAUUGUGUGAUUAUUUUAUAACUACGGUUCGGAGAUUAUAUUUUUAUUUUUUGAGAAUUAUUUCUUAUGACAUGCACAGUCUUUGUUAUGCUGUGAACUCGUACAAUACCUUUGAUGGGUUUUUUGUUAUUUUAUGAAAGUUUUAUAGUAUUUUAUUAACACUCUUGAUUGUUGAGUAUGCAGUCUAUUUAUUUAUCUAACGUUCAUAAUUAAUUAUCCAACGUGUUUCAUUACCUUGUUGUGUACAUUUUGAUAUAUCCGUUUUGAAAAUAAUAAAAAAUAUAGUAAUCUCUA